AUGAAGCGCUCUGGGACCAAGCUCUCGCCGGAAGAUCGCAAAAGUCUCGAAGAGAUCUUGCGCCACGUCACCACAUCUCGAGAUGACGUACGCGACGCGAUGGAGUUUGCGGUGGAGCGAGCCGAGUGCGCUGGGGACGUCGUGGACGUCAUCGCGUCCUCCCUCAUCGAACCAGACGCCUCGCUCGGGACCGUCAUCGCGCGUCUGUACGUCGUCUCCGAUAUCCUACACAACGCAUCGGCGCCCGUCCGAGGCGUCCAGGCCUACCGCACCGAGUUCUCGCGAAUUCUCCCUCGAGUGUUCGCCUCGCUCGAGCGGCUCGCCUCGGAUGCCCGCGUGUCUAAAUCCACGCGCGAUGCCUUCACCAAGAACGUCACCGACGUCCUCCACUGUUGGAGUGACUGGUGCGUUUUCGCUGACACCGUCGUGGACGAUCUCCGAGCCACCUUCACCGCCGCUCCGUAG